AUGGCUCUUAUUGCGUUGGGAGCGUGCUAUUUUGAUACCAUUUUAACAGUGCCUUAUUAUCCUGGCGAAGAUGAGAAGCUCCGAGCUUCAACUAUCAGUCAUCGUCGGGGAGGAAAUUGUCCAAACACACUCGAGGUCCUGGGGCAAUUAGUGGAACGCGGACUAUCCGACGAAAAGUUAUCGUUGAAUUUGAUCACUGUUCUCCCUUCUAGAUCGUCAGAAGCAUCCCAAUUGUUGAAAAAGAGUCUCGGCAAACAAGUACAGUUGGAUAAUUGUAUCUACCGCGAACAAUUCAACGAGCCGGCAUCCAGCUAUGUCAUUAAGAGCCAAAAGACUGGUAGCAGAACAAUUGUUAAUCACAAUGAGCUGCCUGACAUGACCCUUGAGGAGUUCAAGAUGGCAGUCGAGAGCAUGCGUGGAGUUGCUAAUAAGUCCUGGUUUCACUUUGAAGGCCGUAUACCAACCGUGACAAUCAAAUGCAUUGAAUACAUCCGACUUCACUACACGGGAGCCCAGAUAACGGUUGAGGUUGAAAAGCCGGGGCGGCCCGGCUUGCAGGAGCUUGCAGAGACAGCAGACGUUGUUUUCUAUUCAAAAGGGUGGGCGCAGCAUGAGGGAUAUUCCUCUGCCGAGGAAUGUCUGCGAGAACAAUCAGUAAAAGUACCUCAAGCCUCUUUACUCUUUUGCACAUGGGGAGAUGCCGGUGCCGCCGCAUUUGAAAGGCAGACAUGUGAGAUAAUUGAUGUGCCGGCACACAAUGACGGAAACAUGGACAUUAUUGAUACUAUCGGGGCGGGAGAUACCUUCAUCGCAGGUAUCUUAUACGGUUUGAUCUACCGCAGCAAGGAGUGGGACUUCCAAAGAAGACUCAACUUUGCAAAUCGCCUUGCUGGCCUGAAAGUAACACAGGAGGGAUUCUCAUCUCUACAUAGGGCAUUAGACGAUUAUGUAUAA